AUGCGCGCUCCGCAAGACUUCAAAGAGUUAAGGUCACUACUUGGCUUACUUUCGUUUCACAGACGGUUCGUACCCGCGUUCUCCGACGAGGUACAACCCCUACAAGAACUGAUGAAUGCACACAAGACCCUACCUUUCAUAUGGGAGGACCACCAUGAGGCGGCAUUCCAGGAACUAAAGAACCUCGUA